AUGGGUUCCAGAUCUGCUGCUGUCCAGAUACGGCCCCCUAGCUCAAGCGCCUCCGUCAACUCUUCACCCCGGCCGGCCCCUGGCUCAAUCUCCCACUCGGCCGUCCAACCUUCGAAUCUUCAGCAAAAGGUCUCUAAUGCUGAUUACCAGUCCCACACCGAGUCGAAUGGCUGUGAUCACUUCAAUCAUCAAACAUCGCCAACAAUGUCAACCGGUCGGAAAUCUAGCCCUUCGUCUCCUCGGAAAUUUUCCCUGCCUCAUCCGGCCCGGCCUGCAACGGCCACGCCGAUCACAUCCAGUGGAGCUAGCCUGACCACCAACGCACCUGUCUUCGUACCCAGUGGAAAUCUCAAUCCUUAUAACCCUCCCGGAAGGACCGGUCAACAAGUCAAAUUGAAUAAGUCCGCGGCUGAGUUUGCACCCUCCGGUUUGGUACCCACCAGCGAUUCAUCGGCGCUUUACAUUCAUUCAAAUACCUCAGAAUCAGGUCCUUCGUAUUCAUCAUCAUCAUCCACGUCGUAUCCGGGCGAUCCACCAUUUCACCCCCAUAAUCCUUACGCCUAUGAUGCCGAGCGUCUGAUGCAUUCUCAAACCACUCAUCCUAUCACCGAGGCAUACAUGCCCCAUGAUGGUUUCAUGCCACACAAUCGUGUCACAGCUCCCUCAUUAUCAAAUUUCCAACGGCCUCUCAACUACCAUCUCUACGCUCCCCCCUUGCCCCAUUCAUCUAAUCAACAUCCUCAUCAACUAGCCCUCAACAAAUUCUUCAUGCCCGCUUCCAUUCGGGAAACCCUGCAAAAGAAAUCUGCUGCUGUCUUACAAGGACCCACCCACGAGGUUGCAAGAACGCCAGAGGAUCUAGGGGUCUACCACUCCCUAGUUGUCCUUGACUCGCCGCAUGCUUCAAAUAAUAACACGAACUCACUUCAUCCCACGGGAGUCAGCAAUGGCGGAUCCGCGACUAGCCCGUAUUCGAGUCGAGUAUUGAAGAACCCUUGCUGGAUUUACAAAGCCUUUUGUUCAUUGGAUGGCAAAGCUUAUUGCUUGUAUCGGGUCGAAGGCGUUCGCUUGAAACAGGGGCAGGGAGAAGCUGCAAUCGGUCAAGUCGAACGGUGGAGAAAAAUCAGACAUCCCGCAAUUGUAAAUGUCCGCGAAGCGUUCACCACCAGGGCAUUCGGGGAUCAUUCUAUUUUGUUUGCCUAUGAUUAUCAUCCACUCAGUCAAACUCUCUAUGACGAGCAUAUCUCAGCCAAGAAAAGCACUAUCCGGUCAUUUGCAGCGGAUGAAGUAGAUCAUUCCUCGAAUCUGCCCAAUCCGAGUCACUCCGGAUCUCGAUACAACCGACAUCGACCUACGAACGGAAACCCAUCUCGCAUUGGGUUAUCAGAAGAAAGGACAAUCUGGUCUUACGUGGUGCAGAUUGCCAAUGCUGUCAAAGCAGUCCAUUCGGCAAACCUCUCCGUAAGAACAAUCGACCCAACCAAGAUCAUCUUGACAGGCACUAACCGGGUGAGGAUUAAUGCAUGCGGGAUUCUGGAUGUUACAGAAUACUCGCCCAAUCAAUUACCAGAGGAUUUACAACUAGAAGAUCUUCGAGAUCUCGGAUGCUUGAUUUGUUCACUUGCUAGCUCGUCACUCUGUACGAAGACAGACAACAACUCGCUCACCAAGGGAAUUGAAUACGUCAAGCAGUUUUACUCCGCCGAGCUUAGUGAGAUUGUCGCUUAUCUACUAGCACCUGCUCAUGAUGGGCACACAAUCUCGAUCAAUGGGCUCCUGCACAUCCUCUACAGUCGUGGCCUGGAUGAAAUGACCAAAGUUUUCAAUCAUAACGAUUUGCUCGAGGAAUGUCUAUCGCGAGAGUUGGAGAACGGUAGAUUGGUGCGAUUGAUGGUCAAACUUGGCUUUAUAAACGAGAGGCCUGAGUUUGAUCAUGAUCCCAAUUGGUCUGAGACAUCUGAACGAUAUCUCUUGAAAUUAUUCCGGGAUUAUGUCUUUCAUCAAGUAGAUUCCCAAGGCAAACCGGUCACUGAUCUGAGUCACGUGUUGAUGUGUUUGAAUAAGUUGGACACGAGUUCGGAGGAGAAGCUUACAUUGAUUAGUAGGGAUGAUCAGACCUGUGCCAUCGUCACUUAUGGCGAAAUUCGGAGAAUCAUGGACUCGGCUUUCCGUGACUUGUCUCGAUAA